UAGUGUGGCUGGUGACUGUGUGUUGCAGGGUCAAACUCUAACACUUCUAAACGCUUCUCAGGGCACGUCACAACACGAAUCAAUGGCUGACUCUAACAACACCUCGGGUCCAAAUUUCACACCUAUUGACAUCGCGGUGUUCAGCAUCAUGUUGACGGCAUCCGUGUUGAUCGGAGUGUACAGCGGGCUCAAGGGCCGGGUGACGACCACACAGGAGUACCUACUGGGGAGCAGGAACUUGUCUCCAAUACCUGUGUUGUUCUCUCUCCUCGGCGGCGUCAUCUCUGCCAUAUCUGUGUUAGGACAGCCCUCCGAGAUAUACAUGUACGGAACUCAACUUAUCGUCCUCUUUGUCGGAUUGUUUCCUGUCUGUAUAUUUAUCCACCAAGUGACGCUGCCAAUCCUAUAUAACCUGAAGCUGGUUUCCAUCAAUGAGUAUCUUGAGAUUCGGUUUAAAUCUCGACUACUACGGAAGAUGGCAUCAUCCUUGCAGCUACUUUACAAUCUCAUCUUAAUGGGUAUAUGCCUGUACGCCCCGUCACUGGCCCUGUCCACAGUCACAAACCUGUCCACCACUACGUCAAUUGUCAUCCUGGGCGUCAUCUGCACCUUCUACACUUCUAUUGGAGGAGUGAAGGCCGUAGUGUACACUGAUGUGCUUCAAACAUCACUCAUGUUCCUGGGUUUGCUGGCGGUGGUAGUUAUCUGCUGCCUGGACUUGGGUGGUGUUGGCAAUGUGUGGACCAUAGCUGACCGUGGCUCCCGCCUCCAGUUCUUCAACUUCGACCCCAACCCAUUCGUGCGCCACACCUUCUGGUCGACAAUGUUGUUGGGUGUCCACAUCUUUUUAUAUCUCGCUGCUUUCAACCAGAUCACAUUCCAGAGACUCGCCAGUGUUAACACCCUUCAAACAUCACAAAGGUUGUGUCUUGCUUUCGUUUUUGGUAUCAUCAUCCUGUGGGUGUUAUUCUUCUUCUCUGGGUUGGUCGCCUACGCCGUCUAUGAAGACUGUGAUCCUCUAACUUCCGGAAAGAUUGAAAAACCUGACCAAAUCAUCCCGUUCCUGGUAACAGACAAGUUGAGGAACUUGCCUGGCAUGUGUGGGGUGUUCGUGGCGGCUAUCUAUGGUGCUGUGCUCAGUUCUAUAUCAAGUACGGGCAACUCGAUGACCUGCUUUAUCUGGCAAGACUUUCUCAAGGGCGCACCUUUCUUCAGGAACCUUGGCGAGGCAGGAGCAACUAACACUCUCAAAGUUAUCUCCCUGGCAAUCGGCGCUAUCAGCAUCGGCCUGGGUAUGUUAGCGGGUAAAUUCGGCAGCGUCUUCGUUCUGAUCUCCAAACUUUCCAGCGUCAUCGGGGGGCCUCUGAACGGGGUGUUUAUUGCUGGCAUCUGUACACCGUGGGUCAACGCCAAGGGCGUUAUGGUGGGUUGUGUGACCUCAUUCGUCUUCAACAUCUGGAUAUUGAUUGGUACUUUCAUCAGUGGUAAAGGAGGGGCUGUUCCUCUGUCCUUGUCCACUGAAGGCUGCUCCACUGCCGUUACCAAUGCUUCCACUGUGGUCUUUCUCAACACCUCGCUGACAGAGACUCAAUUCAACAACACAUACCUGGUUCACUCUCUGCUGGACAACACAUCGACUCGGGCUCCCAGCGUCAAUAUCAUCUCUGACAAUGAGUCAAGAGGCGACACCAUCUACGACAUCUCUUACUGUUACUCCGGGGUGAUGAGCAUCGUCAUGACGCUGAUCCUCGCCAACUUUGUCUCCUUACUAACUGGUCCUCUUAGUCCCAGCAGUCACUCGGAGGGAGUCGUGAGCCCUUCCUGUGGGCGGUUCCACCAGUGGGUGUGGCAGCUCUGGUAUAGCUCAACACCACACAGCCAACACAAUGCUCAGCGACCACAAAAGGGACAAACCUCAGCUGACGUGAUCUUAGAGACGACUGGAGUUGUACCUUAACAGUGACCACAUCCGCCGUGUGGCAUCAAGUGCGACUAUGAAAUAUAUUCGUUUUUGUUUUUUCAUCAGUAACGGUAACUUCAUAUUUGACACUUUUCUAUUGUCUUUAGAUCUCAGAGAAAAUUUUUGCUAAAGUGCUGCUAGGUUGAAAUAAUAAUAAUAACGCGAUAUGAUACGAAUGUGCUAAAUUGGAUGUUGUCAUUGUUAAGAAACGUUAAGCGAAACAUGCCUUCUAGAACUAAUAUACCUAUAUAUGCUUCUCCUAUGAUGUCGGACUUUUAAAUCUCUGUACCAUGUUAAUAUUAGCUGUUUGUAAAUAUAUGGUAUGGAUUUUGUAAGUUCCUAAGUGUACACAUACAGAGGUAAGCAGUC